AUGGCAUCGCGCGUUCCAGAUUUCUACCGCAAUAGAGCCGUCUUUAUCACCGGCGGCACCGGCUUUGUUGGCAUCUGUCUUAUCGAGAAACUCUUGAGAUGCUGCCCGGAUAUUGGGAAUAUUUACUUGCUAGUGAGGUCGAAAAAGGGCAUUUCUGUCAAGGACAGACUGGAGGAGCUCACUAAGAAUCCUGUUUUUGACAUGCUGAAAGCGGAGGCUGGCCAGGAUCCAUUUAAAAAGCUAAUCGCCGUUGCCGGAGACGUCGGAGAGGAAAAUCUAGGACUGUCAGCUAUCGAUAGACUGACUUUGGUAGAACACGUUCAAGUCGUGUUUCAUUCAGCAGCCACUUUGGACUUUCAAGCUGACUUACGAUCGACCGUAAAUAUUAACUUGCUGGGAACACGAAGAGUUGUUCAGCUCUGUCACGAAAUCCGAGAUCUCAAGGCGCUCGUACAUGUAUCUAGUGCCUAUGUAAAUUCUACUAUCCUAGAAGCUAACGAACAGAUUUAUCCUCCCCCAGCAGAUGUAAAUGAAGUUUUGAAAUUGAGCUCGCAACUGAACGACGAAGAACUAACUGCUAUCACGCCAAAGUUGAUAAAAAAUCAUGCUAAUCCUUAUACAUUUACUAAGCAUUUAGCAGAGCAUGAAAUCCUCAAUAGCGGUUUGCCUGCCUCUAUUGUUCGCCCAUCAAUGAUCCUAGGAGCAUGGAAAGAACCAAUACCUGGAUGGACUAUUUCGAAAAAUGGUCCCCAAGGUUUUCUGAUGGGAGCCAGUAAGGGAGUCGUUCGAAGAUUACCCGUUGCAAAACAUUUAAUUUACGAUUACAUUCCAGUGGACGUCGUUGUUAAUCAUCUAAUCGUAGCUGCCUAUGCUCUUCACCGUGAUAGUGGUCCUGGCGUAAAGGUAUACCACUGCACAUCGAGUACUUGUAAUCCUUUCAAAUGGGAGUCAAUAGAAGAUAAAGUAAACAUGUGUUUACAUAUGUAUCCACUGAAAAGUGCAGUCUGGUAUCCGCAUCUUAAAUUAUCUCCAUCUAUACUGAUGUUCAAAAUUUCAGCUUUCUUUGUACACAUGAUACCAGCUUACAUUCUUGAUACAAUUACAAGAAUAUCCGGUGGCCGUCCCAUAUUGGUACGGUUGCACACCAAUGUAAACAAUUCAUUGGAUCGUUUGGAGAAAUUUAUUUUCACCGAAUGGAAGUUUUAUAAUCCUCGUACUCUGGAGUUGCACGAAUCUUUAUCAGCAGAUGAUAAACGUGCGUUCCCAUUAGAUAUCCGGCCUUUAGUAUGGCAAGAUUUCUUCGAGAAAUUGACUCUGGGGGUUCGGCAAUAUUUGAGCAAAGAAAGUCCAAAAAAUUUGGAGAAAGCUCGGGCCAAGGAUAAGAUGUUACUCAUUGCCCACCUAGGACUUCAAGUGUUACUUUUAGGCCUCGUUUGGUGGAUCGUGAAAGCUUCCUUGGGGUCGACAUGGACUAAGACUGGCUUAAUCGUUCCUUUCACUUACGUACUUUUCAGUAAAUUGUGAGCAGUUGGAAGCUAAUCCGAUCUUCAUUUUUAUUUUUUAUUGUUAGAUACGGAAGUAUCAAGUGUAUGCUAGUGCCUUAUGUAUCAUGCAGCAUUUAAUUUUUAGUUGUACGUAAUUUCGAUUGGCUCAUUUCUGAAUAACCAUUGAAUUUAAACAUUGAAGAAGGUGCCAAUUUUAGAGAUUACGCGUUAUGACGUUCAAUUGAAUUGAAUGAACGAUAAGUUUUUGGUGUGAUUGUACCGCACUUUAAAAAGGCUCGCACUCAUUGUUUACAUGUUAACUUUUUUUUGUUUAUCAUGUUUUCAGAAAUGUAAAGAUAUGUAGUUACGAUGAUUCAAUUUUUAUACAAGUAUCAUGCUAGUAUCAACAAAAAAUGUGUGUCGUCACUUUUUUAUUAGCUUGUAUUAUUGAGAUAAGUUGGUAAUUAUUUUAGGGUUAAUUAAAUAGUUGAUCUGAUUUGAAAAAUGUUUCAAAUUUAAAUGGUCGCAUAUGGGAAUUGCAUUACUUAAUCAGGAGGGGCCUUGACUACGGAAUUUCGUAUUAUAGUACACUGCACAAAUAAUUAAUAAUUUUGAUAUUACACUCGUCGAUAUAGAAAGGUCAUGUCACUUAUAUUAAAGGUCUAGUUAGAAACGGUAGGCAAGAACUCAACGAUAUCAGUACGAGAAGACUCCAUGAAAUUUACAAAGCUGGCAUGCUGCAUUUUUGUUCCGAUAACUUUGUGCCUAUGACAUAAAAGUCAAUGUUGAACUUUUUCCGAGUAGCGGAUGAUCUUGUUUUGGCGAUCACUCAUUUUUUUUAUUAUUUUAAAUAGUUGAACCAGUAAUUUCAUGUUGUGUUCAUUUAUACAUGUUUUCUUAUCCCAACAUUUAAAAUAAAUAUUUAUGCUUGUUAUACAAA